AUGGCCGCUAUUCGAGACGUUGAUAUCACCACCUAUGAUGGCUUGAACUUGAAAGGAACCUUGUACAGCGUUGGCCCCAAGAAGCCUUGCAUUAUCAUGACCCAUGGGUUCUCUGGUCACCGUGAUCAUUUCCUACCCGAAAUCGCUGCUAAAUUCAACGACGCUGGCUAUGGAGCACUGGUUUACGACAACCGAUGCUGGGGCGAUAGUGAGGGUCUUCCUCGCUGUGAAGCCGAUCCCGUGAAGCAGACACGAGACUAUCUCGACGCUUUCAAUUUCGCGGCAGCACUUCCAGAGGUCGACCCCACCAAGAUCGUCUACUGGGGAUCUAGCUUGUCCGGAGGCAACGCCCUUUGCGCCGCUGCGAUGAACAAGAGCUUGGCAGGCAUUAUUUCACAAGUCCCCUUUGUAUCCGGCGGUUCCAUGGCUCGCAUCACCGGAGCACCAAAGUCUCUUCUGGUCUCUGCUCGCACUCCCAACUCAGAGAUCAAGAUCCCGAUCUAUCCCAGCUCUAUCGAGGAGGUCCAAGACAAUACCACCAAGGCUAUUCUCAAAGAUGCUGGAGCCGUCGGAUUUGCAGAGGAGAUGGCCCGACGAGGAUUCAACUUCGACAGGACGGCGACUCUUCAGAGUUUGACCAACACGAUCAUGCACGAGCCUACAGGCGUUAUUCAUCACAUCUCGCCAACACCGCUUCUGAUGGUUGUGGCUGAUGAUGAUGUGUGCACUUAUACGCAUUUGCAGCUGGAGGCUUUUGAGAAGGCACUGCAGCCCAAGACUCUCAAGAUUAUCAAGGGAACUGGUCAUUUUGAUCUGUACUAUGGCAAGAGGUUUCAGGAAGUCGUUGACGCGCAGCUCGAAUUCAUUAUCUCUACGAACUGGUCCUCAGUCUUUGGUUCGAGCCUCAUCGCCAACAAUGUCUCCAGCCUCAAAACCAGUGACACGGUCCAAAGCGAAUCACAAGCGUUCGUUGCAGGCGUGUCUGAUCUGUCGGUCAAGAAAAGUGCGGUGCGACGUGUCAGUACACGGCCAACCGUGUACGAAUUGCUCUUUGGACGACAAGGAGUGUCAAUUAGCGCGAGCGCCAGUUACUUGAAGCCUUCCGAAAGGCGUGCAUUGCGAAAUGCAAUCAAGACAUCCGACACCCGAAGCAGUGACCUUGCCUCAGAUCUGACUGAACAAAUCAGUCUGGAUAGCCGGUUACCGAUACCGCAGCUCGGCAGCUCAGGUUUCUCGUUACAGGCAGCGGGCGCUGGUGAACCAUGGCAGAAUUGGGCCAUGGACUCUCUGGACUUUGGCACCAUGCCCGAGUCUGCCGCUUACGAUGGCUGGAGUUCCUCUGUGCCCGCUGAGAAGCAGCCUCGUUUGGAUCCCAUGGGGAACAUUUUUCAGCAGAGCACAGGGUCACCGAGUGACGCAGGUAGCACAAAAGAUGGUGUCGUUCUUUACUCCUACUUCCAGUUUCUGACGGUCGGGAAUCUUCAUGCCAUUCCCUAUCAGGAUGUCACUUAUCUCGAAGCUCAAGGGUGCCUCCAUGUCCCUAACCCUCUGAUUAUGGAUGUCUUUAUGAAGGCGUACUUUACAUACGCCCAUGUCUUUAUCCCUCUCAUCGACGAGGGAGAGUUUUGGGAAAUGUUCUCUCCAGCCGCAAGCAGCUUGCCAACGCCCACGAUCUCUCUUCUCGUCCUUCGGGCUAUGCUAUUCGCUACCAGUGCUUAUGUUCCUCUUCCUGUCCUGCGGCAACUUGGAUAUCAUGACAUAUGCUCCGCAAGGGCUGAUUUAUAUCGAAAAGCCAAGCUUCUGUUUGAUAUGGAGGCCGAGACCGCCCAUAUGCCACUUGCCCAAGCCGCAUUAAUGCUCAUGAACUGGGUUCCUGAAUCGCCCACCACAACUUCGCCUGUACCUUACAGAACAUGGCUAAGCCUAGCGAUCCAUCAUGCCAAGCUCAUCAACGCCCACCGCCAUGCAGGAAUAUGUGACGUUGGAACAACGGCAAACGAACCACGGUCAAAAACACUUCGAAGGCUUUGGUGGUGCUGCAUUAUCUGCGACAGAUUAUCAUCUCUGGCUUGCCGCUUCCGUCUUCAGAUCACACCCGAUAUGCUUGACAUGGAGAACUGCGUACCCUUAGGCUUCGCCGAUUUACAGAGCGAGAUCCAUCGGUCAAGCGUUUUCUCGCCCGCGACCAAGCGCCAACUUAUAGCUCUGUUCUCCAAGAACCUAAGCCUGUUAAUGUUGCUGACAGAAAUUGUCCCUGUUGCUUACCCUUUCGAGACACGACUCGAGUCAAGUCCAGACUUCUCGGCACAGGAAGAGGAGAAUAUCGGAAAGUCUUGUGAUCUUCUCGAGAAGUGGUAUGAUACAGCCAAGGCUGAAUUUCCUCCCUUCCAUAAACCAAUCGCAGCCGAGGAAAGUGAUGCAGCCAAUUCCAUCGCUGUACAUACAAAUCUUAUGUAUAUCUAUUACCACACGUCUUGCAUUGCUCUUUGUAACCGGAGAGUCUUUACGCAGAUUUCUGGAACAGGGAGCCCCGACUUUCAUCUUGAGGAGUUUCAAGACGGCAACAGGGGCAAUGACAUUCGUGGAGAUAUUGAAGAUUCUGUUCUCGGUCUGUCAAAAUGCAUAGGCUCAUUAUCAGGGUCCCAUUUGACGAAGUAUCUUCCUAUCACAGUUUCGGGAUGUCUUGCGAUCCCUCUUGCACUGUACCAUAUGAACACAAGUUUAUCCUCUGAAAAUGACGUAGUGCCGAGUCAUCUCGAAGGGUGGCCCCUUUUGAGCCUUGAUCCGAUGCAGAAACACCUUCAAGUCAUGACAGACGCAUCGGACAUUUUCUCAGCUCAAUACUAUGGUUCCCAGUGGGUCAAGCAAGCAGCAGAGCAUGUCGCAAAGCUGGCCCUGUCAUUCAAUAAGCUCUCAUUGCAAUCGGGUCAGGAAGCCAUGAAAGACUGGGUCGAUAUUCUUGUCAGGCACCCAGAGGUAUAUCUGGGACUCGCUUGGACAGUGGAUAUGUGCAUUAAUCGGAGGAAGCUACCUGAGAGUCAAGACUUCCCUUUGUGUCUCCGCAACGACGUAGAGAAGCUGAAUGCAGCUCCUCAGAAAACAGAGCAUGAGAUGCUAGACUCUGACUCUUCAGAUGGACAGAAGGACCUCCAGCUGACGCAAUCACUAGAUUAUCUCUUAGGUAUGCAGGAACCCAUGAUUGGCGUCUUGUAG